AUGGCUAUAUGUAGAUGGUUUGGAAACCCUGACUUAUUUAUCACCUUCACAGCAAACCCUAAUUGGCCUGAGUUUACAGAACAUCUACAAACAUAUACUACUGAAGGAUCAAACUCAAGGCCUGACCUCCAAUCAAGAUUCUUCAAAAUGAAGCUAGAAGAGAUGCUUUCUGAUUUUAACAAAGGAGUCUUCUUUCCUAUUCAUGUAGCAGUAGUGUACACAAUAGAGUUUCAAAAAAGAGGCCUGCCUCAUGCACACAUCCUACUGUGGUUAGAAGGUAGUAGCAAAAACCCAGAACCAGCUGUCAUUGAUCAAUUCAUGUCUGCUGAAUUACCAGAUAAGGAAAUAGACAGAGAAGGUUUCGAACUGGUAGAGAAGCAUAUGAUGCAUGGUCCUUGUGGUUUCGAUAGACCAUACUCACCAUGCAUGGAAAAUGGUUUAUGCAGUAAGAAGUACCCACAAGCUUUUGUGGACAACACCACCAUUGACAACUCCGGUUACGUUGUCUACCGGCGCCGUAACGAUGAUUCCAAAUUUGUUUUCAAGGGUCUAACAAGAUUGGACAAUCGCCAUGUUGUACCGCAUAACAUCAACCUGCUGAAAAAGUAUAUGGCUCAUAUCAAUGUAGAGUGGUGUUGUAAGACAAGUGCAGUUAAGUAUCUUUUCAAAUAUAUAACUAAAGGUGUGGACAAAGCUACAUUUGUGAUUGUCAGACCCAGUAGAGGAAAAAAAAAGAAGAGUUUGGACAAAGAAGAAGCACAACCUGUCGAUGAAAUCAGUGAGUACCUUGAUUGCCGCUACGUUUCUGCAUGCGAAGCAGUUUGGAGGAUUUUUGCAUUCCACAUUCAUUAUCACAAGCCAGCCGUGAUACGACUACAAAUUCAUCUUCAAGAUCAACAGAGACUGCUAUUUGACCAAUUGCAAAGUUUGAACAACAUUAUAACUAGAGAAGAUGUGGAAAAGACAAUGCUCACUGAAUGGAUGGCCACUAACAAAAGAGAGAAAGAGUCAGUUGAUGUAGGAUACAUAUCAGAAACAAAAGCAUACAACCUUACAUAUAUGGAAUUCCCUAAAUUUUAUGUCUGGAACACUACAAAGAUCUGGACAAAGAGGAAACAAGGUUUUGCUAUUGGGAGGAUUGUACAUAUCCACCCAUCAGCUGGGGAUUUGUUUUAUCUCAGAAUUCUAUUGAAUAUUGUAAGAGGAGCAACAAGCUUUGAUGACAUUAAGACAAUUGGGGGAGUAGUCUAUGCAACAAAUAAAGAAGCAUGCUACAUUAGAGGAUUACUAGACGAUGAUAAAGAGUGGCAUGAUGUACUUAAAGAGGCGGCACUAUGGGCAACAGCUUAUCAAAUGCGAUAUCUAUUUGUCAAGUUGCUUAUCUACUGUGAAGUAGCAAAUCCUCGACAACUUUGGACCAAAAACUGGAGAUACCUAGCCGAAGAUGUGCAGCAGAACCAAAAAAAGGUCUUUCAGUUCACACAUUUAGACCUAAAAGAUGUCGAGUUGGAGCAAUAUGCUUUGAUUGAAAUAGAGCAGCUAUUAAUGGACAAUGAUAGGUCUCUCACAAAUUUCCCUGACAUGCCGUUGCCUGACAAAGCAAUUUUGAAAAGAAUCAGCCAAAGUAUCUUGACAGAAGACCUGCAAUUUGACAUCGAUAAAGAGAGGGAAGACCAUGGCAGACCAGGAGGCACUCGGAAAACAUACCUCUACAAAACCAUCAUUGCUAAACUCCACUCAAUCAGCAAGGUCGUAAUCCCUGUUGCAUCUGCUGGUAUUGCAGCUCUGCUCCUGCCUGGCGGAAGAACAGCUCAUUCAUGUUUCAAGAUACCAAUCAACAUCAACGAAGCAUCUACUUGUGAAAUAAAGCAUGGGACAAUGCUAGGUACCUUAUUAACAAAGGCUGACUUAAUCAUAUGGGAUGAGGCAUCGAUGGCACAUAAACAUGCUUUUGAAGCUGUAGAUCGUACAAUGAGAGACUUGAUGGCAUUAGACGACGAGACUGCACUGAACAAGCCGUUUGGAGGGAAAAUAGUUUUGCUAGGAGGAGAUUUCAGGCAGAUUUUACCAUCAUACAUGGAACGACAAUACUUAACAGAGAGGGCAAUCUUGACUCCUCGAAAUGAGACUGUCCGGGAGAUAAAUGACUACCAGCUAUCCAUGGUGCCUGGAGACAGUAAAGAAGUUUCCAGGCCUACCAAACCACCAAUUACAGUUGAAAGUGGGGGUACCAGUAAUGCUCCUGAGAAAUCUAAACCAGAAAAAGGGUUAUGCAAUGGUACACGACUACUUAUAACAAAACUCAGUCAAUGGAUAACAGAAGCAGAGAUACUCGUUGGCACUCAUGUUGGUGAAAAAGUCCUCAUCCCAAGGAUUUUUUUGUCUCCUAAUGACACCAAGCAUCCUUUCACCCUACGAAGAAAGCAAUUCCCAGUUAGAGUCUGCUACGCAAUGACAAUUAACAAUAGUCAAGGCCAAAGUUUGAAACAAGUCGCUCUUUACUUACCACAAUCUGUGUUCACAGACGGACAGUUGUAUGUGGCUCUAUCAUGUGUAACAUCGAAUACAUGUUUGAAAAUACUAGAUGCAUCAUCAGAGAAAGAUGGUACCGCAGGGGUUAUGAAUAUUGUCUACAAAGAAGUCUUUAAUAACAUAAACACUUAA